CCCGGCUGCCCCGGCAGCGCCGAGAGCCCGGCCUGAGCCUCGGCUGCAGCGACCGGGAGUUGGACGGGCGGCGGGCGCUCCCUGCGGCCCGGGGAUGACUUCUCCGGGCUCCCCUCUGGCGCCUUUGCUGCUCCUCUCUCUGCACGGUGUGGCAGCUGCCUUGGAGGUCUCAGAGAGCCCUGGCAGUAUCCAGGUGGCCCGGGGUCAGACAGCAGUCCUGCCCUGCACUUUCACCACCAGCGCGGCCCUCCUUAACCUCAAUGUCAUUUGGAUGGUCAUUCCUCUCUCCAAUGCUAACCAGCCUGAGCAGGUCAUUCUCUAUCAGGGUGGACAGAUGUUUGAUGGUUCCCCCCGUUUCCAUGGAAGGGUCGGAUUCACAGGCACCAUGCCUGCCACCAAUGUCUCUAUCUUCAUUAAUAACACACAGCUCUCAGAUACAGGCACCUACCAAUGUUUGGUCAACAAUCUUCCAGAUAGAGGGGGCAGGAACAUUGGUGUCACCGGUCUCACAGUUUUAGGUGAGUGUCAGGAAAUACACCAGGUGCAGGGAACAGUCACCAUCCGGAACAUCAGUGCUCUGUCUUCAGGUCUGUACCAGUGUGUGGCUUCUAACGCCAUUGGGACCAGCACCUGUCUUUUGGACCUCCAGGUUAUUUCACCCCAGCCCAGAAGCAUUGGAGUAAUAGCUGGAGCCAUUGGCACUGGUGCUGUUAUUAUCAUUUUUUGCAUUGCACUAAUUUUAGGGGCAUUCUUUUACUGGAGAAACAAAAAUAAAGAGGAGGAGGAAGAAGAAAUCCCUAAUGAAAUAAGAGAGGAUGAUCUCCCACCUAAAUGUUCUUCUGCCAAAGCAUUCCACACCGAGGUGUCCUCCUCAGAGAACAACACGCUGACCUCUUCUAAUACCUACAAUGGCCGAUACUGGAGCAACAAGCCAAAAGUCCACAGGAACACAGAGUCCUUCAACCACUUCAGUGACUUGCGCCAGUCUUUCUCCCUCCACUCGGGCAAUGCCACUGUACCCUCCAUCUAUGCGAACGGGAACCCCCUGGCCCCAGCUCCACAUAAGACUUUGGUAGUGACAGCCAACAGAGGAUCGUCUCCGCAGGUCGUGUCCAGGAGCAACGGCUCGGUCAGCGGGAAGCCUCGGCUUCCGCACACACACUCUUAUACUGUGAGCCAAGCAACCCUGGAGCGGAUUGGCGCAGUCCCCGUGAUGGUGCCAGCCCAGAGUCGGGCCGGGUCCCUGGUAUAGGACACGAAUGCAGAUGGGGUAUUCAGAGAAGAAUCAGGGGGCUGCCCUCAUGCAAGGGGGAGGGUGCGGCUGGCAAGUGCUAGCAAGGAUCCACUUGCCUGAUAAUGAUGCUAGUAAAAAAAAGCACAAAGAAGAAAGCAUUGAGUGGCCUGGUCACUGAGCUUUGGGAAAUGAACUGGAAUGCUCCAUGAUGAAGACUUGUUUUUCCACUGCCCUGCCCCAGGGUUCCGUUCACAAAGCUGGAUCUCAAAGAUGUGCCAAAAGCCAAGAAAAAAGAUAGAAGAACAGGCUGGCACUUGUUCUGUAACUCAUGCCUAACUUAAUACUUUUCCAAGAAACUAAAGUGCCAGAUGGAAUUUAAAUAAUGAAAUUAUUUAAAGAAAGAUAGGUGUCUUUAGAAAAAAGAACAAGCAACUCUGUGACGUGUCCUGCCUCUCUCUAUUCCCUCUUUGUGUGGAGGGUUUAAUGGCAUAAAUGGUUAAUGUUGCUCAUAACAGGGUUGGGUCUUGUAUCAUAGAAUCAGAACUUUUUACACAAAAUUCAGUAAGAAAUGGGGAAACAAAAGAACUUCUUUGAGAAACCUUUCAUAUUUAUUUAUCACUUCCUGAACCAUAAAUUUCCUAUUUGGAAUAUUACUAUAUUGACAGAUUCUUGCCUGUCUACAUUUUCUAGGGUUUAUUAUAGGUCCAUCACAGUUGCUGUUCAUUAUUUCCUGGAAAAAUUAUUUUUUUUAAAAAAAAAGAAAAGUGAUUUUUAGUGAAAAGAUACAUGAGAGGCACUGGGCCAGGAAAGAAAAGAUUUCUGUGAUUGUGUUCCUGGACCCCCACAGGAGAUCCAUGGUGAAAGAGCAGGGUUGGGUGGGCAGCACAGGAUGGGCAGGGAGGCAGGUGGCAGGGCUUUGGCAUCCCAGCCUGCCCUUUGGGACAGGAUCAACAUCAGGACAGGGCUGUUGAGGCCUCACGCGGAUCAACAUUUGCUUCAACCUGAUGAGGCAGCACCUGAUGCCUUUCAUUUGGUGGUAGAUGACUUUCUCCGUGUCUAACAAGUAGAUGUUAGUAGGUUGUUACAGGGAGCACAGGGGAUUGAUUUGUUUUCAAAGUAAUUAUUUUCACAGGAGAUAUGAUUGAGACAGAAGGUGUGUCUUAAGGUGUGCUCAUGGGAGGACCUGCCCUGUAUUUGUCACAGCUCAGGUUUGCUGUUUUGCUCAAAUGCAUUUCACAGCACUUGUAAAGAGACUCCUUUUUUGAUUAGUGUUCUGACUUGGAUAGCCGUGGCAUUCACUAGGUAUUUUACAAUAUCCUCACUCUAUUCUGUGCAUUGUAGGUCUGGUCAAACUUGUUUUGGUGAAUAUCUCUUCUAAAUCACACAUUCUGCAACAUACAGAGAUUUCUUCCCAGAUUUGUUUCCCAAAUUGUUUAUGACAUUGAACCUGAUAAUGAUUUGGAAUGAGCAGCACCCCCUAUCAACCCCUUCCACCCCCCAGGGCCUCAUUCCGUCUCUUCCCACUGUGCUUUUUGCCCUCGUUCCUGCCAGCACAGUUAUCACAGGGAGGAGUCUCCUGAUUUUCACCUGUGGAAUAAACACAAACCAUCAGUUGCUGCAUAUGCUGUUUUUCCAAGAGGGCUAAACUCAGAACCUAAGCAUGGCAGCCGUCCCAGUAUCGAUGGAAAGCUGAAUUUCCUUUAGUAUUACUUAUUUUCUCCACUUGAUGGUUCUUGACUUUGUAAAAAUUUAAAUAAAUGAAUGUCUAUACUUUUUAUAAACAAAAGUGGAAAUACUAUGAACAGAAGAUACUAUCAGAU